CUCGCACAGCAAGGUCUCCGCGACCUGGCCGCCUGUUCCACUGACACAUCGUACGCGCAAAGAUAUGUUGUGGUUCUUACGGAACUUCAGGAAGAGGCUAUGAAAUCGAUUGAAGACGAAGGGCGAGCGGCGGUACCCAUAAAUGGAGGCGAGUCGUUAUAUGGACAACCAUCCUCAGCACUUAGACUUACCUCAAAUACCGAUUUGGGUGCGCGGGCCAUCGCAUCCGCGACAAGUGACGGACCCGUCUCAUCUCAGGAAUUUCACGCAAUAGCCACCGAGCCCAAUGUCCAUAUACCACAAGAUUGUAGCUUCACUGGUCAGCCCGAUACCUAUGAUAAUGCAGGUGAAUCGUUGACUAUACAGGACCUCGAAAAUCGCGAAGCUUUCCAUAACCUCAGUAUAGAAGGACUGGCAGACCUCGCAUUUAUAUUUUCAAACGACAACACAGGCUCUUUUCAAAUAGAAGAUGGAAUGGUCUAAGACAUCAUGUCAGUCGCUUGCUUGAAACCGCAGUUUAGGGUAUCCAAGGCAUCCUGUAUAUUUUACACCUUUAUGGCAUUUCUCAGCCUUGCACUAUGUCAUACCUUUACCGCCCUUCAUCUCUUUGCCACCUUUCAUGUCUUGAAGGUAUUUUGUACCUUUCUGGUAUCUUG